CGGACGUGUGUUUUGGUGUCGGCUUGGUUAAGAAUCUCGAAAAAUAACGCCUUCAAAAAAUAUGUAGAAACAUUUUUCAUAAUCAAUUUUAUCAAAUUUAUUACAAUGUAUUCAAAACCUUAUUAUUUAUUAAGUGUCCUGUGGCUGUCUCUAAGUUUAAGCUAUGGUAGCGAAGUCCUUAUCAUGAUUACUUGUCCCCCACAUCCCCACCAUGUUCAUGAGAAUUGUUUCGCAUUGGCUAAGAGUUUGCGGACACAGCAGCAACACAUGGAACUGGCCAGUGGUGGCGUCCCCGGAGAUUAUGUCAUCAAAGUUCAUAUAAUGCAUGAACUAUUCAAUUAUUGGACAUUACUGUACUCAUUGCCUAAUUUGCGAACCCAGACACGUUUACUAAAUGCGGACACCGAAUGGAUUAUUUGGUGUCAGCACAAUACGCACGUGUCCUCAUUGCAAGGAUUGCUCGAGCAACUACAACGCCAGAAUGCCCAAGAAUUGUCUUAUUAUGGCCACGCCUUGUACGAUUCGGAGGCGACCAUUGUGCAUCAUUUUGCAUACUACAAGAAUCCAACAUGGUUUCCAUAUCCCAUGCUCAGUGCAGGCUUAGUUUUUACAGGUCACCUGCUCCGCAGUCUGGCUGAACUUGUUGCUCUCAAUGCACAAAAUGUUAGCAGGCACAGUGAAUUCAGCAUUGAUGCCUCACACGAGUUGGCUCGUUUCAUUUUCGAUAAUUUUACACCUGAUGGCGACUACGAAAAUGAUGUUGAUGAUGAUGAUAAUGAUUCUUACAUCAAGGUGCAACAUCAGCAUCUGGCAGGCGACAUAUUGAAGCGAAAAAUAAUUUUGAAAAGUGCUACCUACAUUUGUCCCGCAGCGACAAAGGCAUCGCUGGCAUCCCAAGAGAUGUCGCCAGAACGUACAAAGAGAAGGAUAAAGGACAAUAUGGAUAUGGGUUGUGCGAUGCAUGCAAAACCAGACAUCGCAUUGACUAUGCCGCCACCGCUGUCGACGGCGUCGCCUGUGACUGUGACUACCGGGAAUUCAAAAAAUUGUGUGCACACAACAGGCUCGCAUAUCUAUUUUGCAAUCAAAACUUGUGCAAAAUUCCAUAAGGAGCGUAUACCAAUCAUCGAACGCACCUGGGCUAUCGAUGCCAUGAACCGUAGAUACUAUAGUGAUAUGGCAGACUCCGGCAUACCGACAAUCAGCACUGGGAUACCCAAUGUACCGACUGGACAUUGUUCCAAAACACUGGCAAUUUUACAAUUAUCCCUCAAGGAUAUCAACGAACAAAUGAACAUGUCUGUACGCUGGCUGAUGCUUGUCGACGAUGAUACCUUGUUGAGUGUGCCGCGACUGGGCGCCCUGCUGAGCUGCUACAAUCACACGGAGAACAUAUAUGUGGGCGAACGCUAUGGCUAUCGUUUAUAUGCCCCGGAUGGGUUCAACUAUCAUACAGGUGGAGCUGGCAUUGUGUUCAGCCUGCCGCUAGUCAGGCUCAUUGUGGAGCGUUGUAGUUGCCCGACGGCGAAUGCCCCAGAUGACAUGAUACUUGGCUAUUGUCUCCAGGCUCUGGGCGUGUGGGCCAUUCCUGCCAAUGGUCUGCAUCAGGCCAGGCCCCAGGACUAUGCUCGAGAAUUGCUGCAACAAAAUUUGGCCCUUUCUUUUCACAAAUUCUCGAAUACCCAACCAGAGCAAACAUAUAAAAGAUGGUUGGGUGGAUCGGGGGGUAAUGAAAGUCUACACCAUGCCCAAUUGGAUCACAAGAACAACAACAAUAACGACCAUGGGCAACAAGCAACUUCGGAACAUUUUCGUGACCCGCUGCAGUUACCAAUAAUGAUGGCUGCCAAUGGCAAACAUUUGGAUCUUUAGUCCUUAACCAGGCUCAGAAUCAGCUUCUACUUACUACAUACAUCCUGGCAGCAGUAGCAGGUCUUCCUCCUCUCAAUGCUGGAACAAAGCUUAUCUCUUUCAUGCCAGGCCCAACCCAAAAGCCAAGCACGGACUCUUCUUCGACUACGUGUGCCUCGACAUUGCCUCGCUCUGCUGCCUGCUUCGUGUCGUGUCCUAAUUAGUUGCGGAUUUUUCAAUGAAUGAACCAAGCCAAAGCGCCAACCGCAUGGUGAGACGACACUGCGACAAGUUGAAUUUAAAUGGAGGUAAAGCCAAAACGACAAAAAAAAUUCUGAAAUUUAAUUAACAGCUUGCAGAGUUAAAUAAAUGAUACAAAUUGUAUGACUA